UCCUGGGCUUUAUCUCCAAACUUUCUAGAACGUAACUAAAUCACUAAUUUUCGAUUCUACAUGAUAACCUACAUAAAAUGCAAAAAAAAACAUAUUGAAGUUCUUAAUCAAUUUUUGAGAAUUUUCUUCCAAAGCCAAAACAUUUUUCUCGUUUUAUAGACUAACUAGGUAAGCGGCCCGGUUACAGAGCUACGCACGAAAGCAGGAUUAUUUUGAAUUUCAUUAUUUUUCUCUUUCCCUAGCAUACAAAAAUGCUCUUCCAUGUCAUUCUAAUGUUACCCAUCUCUACUUUAUCAAAGAGGUUAGAUAGCUACACAUUUUUGCUAUCUUCACGGCAUGAUCAUUGCUGCUGGCGAAUGCAGCGAUUGAUAAGCCAACUCCCAGCCAUGUGCUCUGAUAGCUAAACCGCCCGGUUACAGAGCCUCGUUUGAAAAAAUGAUUGUUUGAUUGUUGUUCAGCGGCCAAAGUGGUGCAGCGAUUGACCUAGCACGCUGGCGCGUCCCAUUACCCACAUCCCGUUUGGCUUUGCCGCAUCCGUGUCUAUGUAUAUCGCCUCAAUUUUUUUCAGUGCACCUCGAUACCGCAAAGGUGAACCAUUUCCUAAUCGCUUUCCUAAUCGGUAGCCACUCCACAAUGCUGCCGUUGAUGGCUGUCUGGCCCAUCUUUUUGAUUUCCGAAGAGCAUAACUUUACCCUUGAUCCUAACACAUGCUGUAAUGGUUUGAUUCAUCAUUUGAUUAGCCGUUGUCUUCGGUACGAUCUGGCGAUAAUCAAACAGCCCUACGGCAUAUCCAUCGAGCAGCCGAAACAUGCCGAUAAUAUUUUGAAGUGGCAUGCAUUGCCCAUGGCAAAAGCACGUGAGACAACAUCAGAGCCAGAACAAUCUUCAAUUGGCUUCGGGUUCUAAAGCAAGGAAUGCAAAGAUGACUCUUUAGCAACAGGAGCUUCUAUCAGGUCCAAGUGUAAUAUAUGGCCCAUCGAGGCGGGCAGGACCGUUCUGAUAGCAUAGAAGCAAUCGCAGAUGGACAGUGAACCAUUCCACCUACCGCGACUGUAUUUUGUCGCAUGCAGCGAGUGCAGUGCGCGUUUGCCUGUGGCAUUAUGCCUUGACGGCCAGCGACAGGAUCGGUGCCGCGUUAAUAUAGUGGCUGAUCUGAUCAAUUAGCAAUCGAGCAUAAGCCAUAAGAUUACUUAAACAGUGCGGUUCCAUUUGAGGAAAAGACAGUAAACCAUUCCUAUCGCGAUUCCAUUCUGGCGCAUACACCGAGUCUCUUGAUUGUUUGCUUGUUCCAUUAGGCCUUGCAGGCCAGUGGCAACAUAUCGAUUCCUAUCGGCAAUAUAUCGAUAAAAUAAUCAUUGGAUGCAUUUUUUUGCUUUUCCAUUUCACGCGCACGUUUUUGAAAAACCAAGCUGCUUGAGGCAUUCGCUCUCCACCAAGGCGCGCUCUGCUCUCCCGUGCGCCUUAUGCUCGCGCACUCUCUGACCGCCGUGGUCGCAUACGGCAAGUGCAGUGCCCGUUUGCUUGUCCCAUUAUGCCUUGCCAGUCAGUGCCCUAACCGAUUUUCACGAAAAUCAAAUCGGACAUAUCAGUAAAAUGGGGUUUUCCAUUCAUUUUCGCGGUGCAAAAUAAUCAUUGGAUGCAUUUUUUGCUUUACCAUUUCACGCGCACGUUUCUGAAAAAUCAAGUUGCCUGCGCGAUUUGCUCUCCGGUUUCUCAACCAAAGCACGCUCUGCUCUCGCGCGUUUUUUUUCCUCCCACACUCUGUACACUCGCGUACUCUCGCUUGGAGCGGUGGGGAAAUAUCGCGCGCGGAAUUUUGUCUCGCUCGCGCUCGUUGAAUACCCAUUUUUUGCAUCUCGCUCUGCGACAGGCUCCCCUUCUAUCUUAUAAUAAUAAUUCUGCUUUCGUGAGUAGCUCUGUAACCGGACCGUGUAGCUAGUAAACAUAAAUGCAGUUUAGCUUUAUUAGGAGUAACAUCUAUGUUAACUGUAGGUUUCACUAAUGUAUAUCAUUUGAAUGCUGCCAAACAUACGGCUCGCUGGUUAUUGUAUACGUAAGAAACCAUUCAUGCUGCCACCCUGCUGCCAAAAAAAUGCGAAAAAGCUGCCACCCUAGACGUUUGAUAGAUAUCCAGCCUCCUACUCCUUACUGUUACUCUGCUCGAAGCUUUUUCGGGUGAAAACCUAAUUACCUAAUACUUUGGAGUGAGUUGAGCUCAUCUUCGAGAUGCCACGAUGGGGUGUCGCUGAGAAUGUGAACGAAACGAAGUCAUAUGCUUUACAACAGCAACUACAAAAAAAACCAACAAUGUGUCAUUGCUGCGUCAUUGAUUCUUCAGUGCACGUGCGCGCGCGCAUGUGUGUCUGCCUUGCCUAGUGGCGCAGAGAAAUGGUUAAUGCAUUUUGCUCCAUGACAGUAAGAGUACUAACAGCAGCUUGCGUCACAAACUUACAACGUCCGGUAUGUCGUCUCAGUGGUCAGAAGUUCUCCGGAGGGCAUACUUACCGGAACGCUGAUUGUUGUUUUCACUUCUUCUCCAUCUCAGUUAUCCUCUAUUGCACCCGUCUCACACUUGUCUUACCCUCCUCUCAAUCCCUACUAUUAAGAAGCGUCAACACGGGCAUCAAUUUAACUCUCGUCGGCAAUUGCCAGGUCUCUGCUACUGCUGCUGCUCCGGAUGAAGGAGGUAGGACAACUCUCUUGCACAAUCGAGCAGGCACCAGUUGCUCCACUUGAACUCCAUGUUUCAAUCAUGCUUCUUGAACCGUCGUCGCAGGAGCAACGCCGUUCGCUCUUACUCUGUCCUAGUACGGUACAUGAUGAAGUUUGGUUUUGCCAAGAUUUAAUUUGGUAAUUUGGCAGGGCAGGGUCUGCCUGGACCACCGGCCAAGUUGUGGUGAAUACGCGAUUGCCCGAGCAGGACAGUGUUGAAGAGUGCUUAACGAAUGAUCCCCUUCAAUUCCGUACGAUGUGCUUUCCCACCACUGCCAGCUGCAGGGUAUCUUCAGCUAGGGGUAAAUUGAAUAAUGUACCGUAAUCAGGCGUAUUCGACUCUCCACAAGAAGGUGGAGGGGGCUCCGGAUCGCCGGAGUAAUACGUGACCAAAUCGAGUGACUGAUAAAGCCGCGCGGAGUUCUGCUUCACUCGAUUGGAUAAUAGUUUUUCACUUUUGCGCUUUUAACUAGCUAAUGGGUAGUCUAGCGGAUACGGAGGUGGCGGAAACCUGGUGCCGAGGUAUCGUGAUAUGGUCGCUACACCAUAGUCCGAUCCGAAAACCCUUCCUGGGUCCCGAGUCACCAGGUCUGCCGCUCGGCAGCGAGAUUUGCGAAAGGGCGUCGCUCAGUUACUCCGUAAGUCCGUAGUAAGGUGGACGUAGUAUACGGGCAAAGACCGCGCUCUUGUAACAGUAAACCGGGGGUGCGUAAGGUGUGUGUCUAUUCCGUGUCAGAUGAUUUCAUUCAACGGGGCUGUCCGAUUCCAGCCUCCGCUUCUCCCAUCAUCCCUCCCUUAAAACACAGACCAACUAAACAACCAACCACAAACCGACUGUCGAUCGUCCUGCGGAAGCCUGUGUAGUGUAGUGGAGUGAGCGUUUAGAUCGAGCAGACAACAGCCCGGUACAACUGCCGCUAAUACUUACGAGAAUGGGGCGAUGUACACUGUUACUGCUGCUCUACUGCAUGGCCCUCGUCGGCUUACUGCCGUGUGGAUACACAUGGCGUGAAUAUCGAAUACGGCGCAGCAUCGAUCUGUCGGCCACGAACCCGCUUAUCUCGGACGUACGCCUACCGACGGACCUGGUGCCGGUGAGCUACUCGCUGUACCUGCACCCUGACCUCCAGCGGGCCACCUUCACCGGCACAGUCAACAUCACGAUGCUGUGCACGAAGCGCACCAACCAGAUCACCCUGCACGCACACCACGACUUGCGUGUGGACGAGGUGAACCUGUCAGUGGUGGCGGUACCCGCCGAACCCGCCGGGGCAUCGGCGUCAUCGUCAACACUGCGCAUCCGGCGCGUUGACCGUGUACCGAAGAAGCCGCUGCUGGUGAUUUACUUCCACGACGAUCUGGUCGUGGGGACGAGCUACGAAGCGCGGCUCCACUUUGAUGGUAACAUCUGGGAGAACACAGAGGGCAUCUUCGAGGGCAAGUACAAGCAGCGGGCCAGUGACGGUGCUGACGCCUCGGACGACGACACCAGCUCCGAGGAAUCGGUGAACGGUGGUGGUGGCAUGGGACAGUAUGAGCACAAGUACGUUGGAACCUACUUCCGACCACACAAUGCGCGCCGCGUCUUCCCCUGCUUCGACGAGCCAGCGUACAAGGUACCGUUCCAGGUGGCGAUCGUGCGUCCCAAGACGCACCACACCCUCUUCAACACCGAGCUGCUGCGAACGGUGGAGCAGACAGGCUCACCGAGCGCACUAGUGAUCGACGUAUUUGAGCAGACGCAUCCGAUGUCGACGUUCGCGUUCGGUUUCCUGGUGUCCGACCUGACGCAGGUGUCGGAUGAACUGGAUGGGCGCGUUGACACAUCGAACGUCACGAUGGCCGGCCUGAAGCAGUUGCGUGUCUGGGCUCGCCCGGAUUUCCACGCUAACGUGGCGCUGGUACGGGACCGUGUCCGGCUGAUACUAGGCAAACUGGAAGCGUACUGGGGUGUGGCGCUGCCGCUCAAUAAGCUCGAUAUUGUCGCCCUGCCCGGUUUCUCCUAUGUCAAACCGGCCGACAACUGGGGCCUGAUCGUGUUCAAGGAAAGUGAGCUGCAGCAGGGGUACUACAGUUUAGCCCAGGAGCUUAUUUAUCAGUGGCUCGGCUCAUGGAUUACACCGCACUGGUGGAGCGAUGCACAUGUGAACAAAGCGAUCGCCGGCUUCCUGUCAGCCGACACCGCUAUCCAGAUCGACGGUGCACCGGAGUUCGAGGGCAAGUGGCCAAUGACGGUCCUCUACUCGAUCUACUACGAGUUUAGCAAGCGCUACCCGCAUUCGCGCAUC